AUGCAGGAGGCAACGCACCAUUUGCUCGACGGGGUCGUUGGACUUACGUGCGUCGACCCGUCGAUUCACCCAUCAAUCAGCGCCGCUCCCCUCGUUGUGUCGAUCAUCACGCAGCAGUGCCUCUACGCAUGCCACGCCGCCUCCGCGUGCCAGGCGCUGCUGAACGAAGGCGGCUCGUCAUUCUGGUACAUCAUGCGCCGCGUUGCGGAGGCCCGCGAGCGUUACACCGCUGUGCACGCGCCACCACCACCACCGCCGAUUCCGUCAAGGCGCGCGGAGCUCGGCGGUGAGGUGCAGCCGAGGGCGAGCACCACUACGUUUGACAGCAGUAUAAACCCCCCACCGUGCCGCGCCCCACCGCCAACGUGCCUGCCGCCAGAACAGGAGAAGCUGCUGUCGCCACUCGAGUUCCGCGUCGUCGUGGUGGGCGGUGGCAGAGUUGGUCGCGCCAUCGUGGAGCGGCUGCUGCAAGUGCCAGAGCUCAUCCACCCGUCGCGCAUCACUAUCAUCACGCGGCAGCCCGUGACCGUUGCACAGUUCGCGGGGCGAGGCGUGCAGUGCACCAACCGCGGAGACGGGCGUCAAGCGCUGCUGGAUUGCCACGUGCUGGUGGUUGCAUGUCAACAGACACAGUUCCACGACUUUGCCAGCAUUUAUUGUCCGCACCGUAACCCCACGAAGGGGGCACCAGUCGGUACGCAGGCCUGCAUCGAUAAUCAACAGCAGCAGCAGCAGCAGCAGGCGCUGCUGGACAUGCCGAGACGGCGGCGGCGGAAGUGUCGCCAUAAGAAGCGAACGCUUCGCGACGUUGUGGACAAGUGGCGCACCACUGAGGAUGAUGACGACUACCGGAACUCUACAUCCAGUGCGCCCAUCACGCGGCUGUUAAAGCCCAGUACCAUUGUUUUUUCCUGUUGCGCUGCGCUGGGGACGCACAAAAUUGCAAAGGAGCUGGGCCACCUCGACCCUCUCGUUGUGCGCGCUGAUGUGGACUUAACUGCCAUCCACCACGCCGCGCGACAAUUUGACGCGGCCAAGGAAGCAUUUCGCGCGGCGUACAUCAAAGGAAUUGCGCUGGAGAGUAACUCUUUUUUGACGACGCUGAAUGUACUGCAGCAGUCGUGCAUGAACGGCGAAACGCCACCAUUGGAGCUGACCAGCGAGCCUACUGACAGCCUGUUCAACGGCGAUAUGCACUCCACUCACCACCACCAACAGCGGCAGCAGCGCCACCGUCCGCUGCCUCCGCCGGACAUGCAGACAACGCUGCGGGGUGAGGGCGUGAGCGGCAGCACGGCGUUCCUGCUACAGGUGUGGCGUGCCUUGCGUUGCUGCGUAGUGGUGCGCGUCGUGUCCCUGACACCCGCCGAGCAUCGCCUAUUUACGUAUCUGCAGCGUGUCGGCCCGCUUCUUGGGGCCGUUCUUGUCGCUCUACCGGAGUCCUCCCAGCAACGCAUUAUAGCGAUGGUGAGGGAGUUUAUUUAUCGUGCAGGUGAAGACGAAAAUGAGAACGAAAAAGAGACUGGCGUGACGGGGGCGCGACGCUUGAUUAAACUCGAUAAACGUUGUGUUUCGGCGUGUGACAGCGAUGCUGACGAGGAUGAUGAUGUUGAAAGACACGAUGAUGAUGGUGAUGAUGAUGAGACUAGUGAUAACGAUGACGACGGGAAUAGUGGUGGUGCUGCUGCUGCUGUGUCGCCGGCUCAAAGGGAACUGAAGCGCCUUGUUUCUUGCUUCCCCGAGCUGUUCCACGGCACGGAGGAGGCGCUGCAGCAGCUACGGGAGCGGUACAACACCGUGACGCAGCAAGGGCUGCCGUGA